AUGGCUGCGAUUGGAGACAGCUUCACAGCUGGAAUUGGGGCAGGGGAGCAGCUUGGAGACCUUAUCCACAGACACAACGACUGGGUUUGCUCCCGCUACGACGGCACAUAUCCUAUGAUGGUGCUGGACAAGAUCGGGAGCAGCAUCGACAAGUUUCAAUACCAUGCCUGCAGUGGUGAUCGGUCCAUGCACAUCUUCGACCAGGCGAAUAACCUGCACAACAAUGAUAUUGACCUGGUUAUUAUGACUGCCGGAGGAAACGAUCUUUGUCUUGCACAAAUGAUCAAGAUGUGCAUCAUGAUCCCUUUCUACUCGGAAGACCAAUGCAACCAGGUCAUUGCAAAGGCCCAGGAAAACAUUGACACCAUUCUCAAAGACAAUCUCAGGCAGAUCUUGGAGGCUCUUGACGCCAAGAUGGCUGAGGAUGGAAUUGUAGUCUAUAAUGGCUAUGCCGAGUACUUCAACGAAGAAACGGACGCGUGUACGGACGAUGAGAUUUGGUACAUUCCCAAGAAGGGGCCCUUCACCGGCCUUAAACUCACCAAAGAGCGCCGGAAGAAGUUCAAUGCUCUGGUCAGAGGCAUAAACGAUAAGAUCAAGACGGCGAUCGAAGAGGUGAAAGACAGCGUCAGCUACAAGAUCAGGUUCUCAAACUGGGAUCCUUGGCCACGGAAUGGCGUUGACGGGCAAUACUGUAGUCCCAGCUCCACUGGAGAGUAUCCCGACAAGAAACAACCGGACCUGCAGUUCUUCAAGCUUGAUACUCACGUCGAACCUUAUCUUCAUGAUGAGCUCCGUCGCAGAGAGGCAGAAGCUGCAGAGGCCCUCCAGUCAGAAGAAGUCAGACGCAAGGUAGAGGCCUUGAAAACACGAAGCAUCUACGAGAGCGUCCUGUACAAGUCGCCUGAUCCUCGAGCAAUCGCGCGCUCCAAACUUGAUGCUCGUGCUCCUGAGCCUCCUGGUUGUCCUGGUGAUGAUAACCCCGAUACACUGCCCUUCCCUUACAACAAGCUUUGGGACUACUUUGGUCUCGGUGCCCCUGACUCCAUGGGCAAGCUGUUCCAUCCCAACGAAGAAGGACACCGGACCAUCGCGUCCUUUGCCAUGGCGAAGAUUGUUGAUCUGCGCGCUGAGAUUCUUGGGGUUAAGAGCGAUACCUGCACGCCGUCGGAGAAGUUCACCUGUUGA